AUGGCCAUCGAUAUCAGUCUUCCCUUGGCCAAAUAUUCCUUCGCAAUGGGCUGCGAUGCCAAAACCAACACGAUUCCGUGGGAGCAUCUCACUGCAGUGGACCUCUUCGUUGUCAUAAAGGGAGAUAGCAGCUACGACGCUAGUGGUUCACUUUCGCUCAAGAUCAUCUAUGGCACGAAGGUCUUGGAGAAAAUAGAUAUUGAUCGAUACAUCGAACGUGCGAUGGCGACAAAGACAGCCAUCCAACGACAGGGUACAUCUGCCCGUAUUGAGCAGUUGCCCAUUUUUGGCAUCACCAGUAACAAUCUCCUUGCUUUGCGCUAUCGCUUGCAAGAUGGUCAAGAUCAUAGGACUCAGCUGCGCAUGCAGAGCGCGGCGGAUUGUCGACAAAUCGUGGAUCUCUUUCAGUGGCGUGGGAUGGAGUUCAAAGAGGCGAGUGCACGACCAGGAACGAGUCGGACUGCUGGUCGUCCAAGCACGGCACAAUCGGACUUCCGUCCGCUCACUGCGGAAUCCAGCUCGCCAUAUUUCAGCAAAGGCCCGGCUACCCAGGUGAGGCCUAGCACGACUCAAGGUCCAGCGCUGGGUUCAGGUAGCCCACUACGACAGGCACACCGACCUGAAAGCUUGCCACAUGACGAGGGAUCCCGUGCGAGUCCCGCAAGUGAGGACAUGCCGCCUCCACGCGUCAUCAGGCGUGGUGAGAAUAAGGUAGCGUCUAACGAACUCGCAAUAGAGCGGCCUUCGUCUGCUCAGAUGUGGCGAACACGCACCGCUCCUAAUCAACCGAGUGGAGUCUCUGGGGCAGCAGCUCAAUAUGGUCAGGCAGGGCCGACUACUGCAAGGCCAUCUUCUUACAACAAUGUCGAGAAUAUGGGGGCAAUCCGCCAAGCUGUUGAAGAAGACAUGGAUGCGAAUGACACACUUCCACCCACUCUGCAGCAGCAAGACUCUUCUGGAGCUCUGGAGCUGCAACACCACAUGUCGCACUCUUCCGAGGUUCCACUCCCGCUCACGGCAGCAUCGGCAUCGUCGUUUACGCUACCGGACACGCAAGAUAUCAAAAUUGCGAUGGAGCAUGAACUUCACUCGGCUGUGCCGAGGAGCCGUCACAGUGGCAGCAGCUCACGUCCGUCAAGUGCUCUAGAUCUGCCACCCCUGAAGAAGCCGCAAGUGGAGAAGCGUUCGUCUACAUCGCUGAUGGAUCAGACCACGACACCUCACGAGACAUGGGCAACUAGCACCAGUGUACAGAAACGCCCUGUCAGCAGCGCAGACACUAGCUUCUACACAGCGGAUGAGCAAUUCGAGCCUCGAAAGAUGAUAUUCUCCAAGAAGACUCAAAUAUCGACUGCACCACAGGUCUCGCCACAAGUUGCGCCACCAAGUCCAAUCUCCAGUUUGAGUGCUGGCACAACUCUCUCGAUGGAUGAGCUGGUGAAGCAGUCCCGUGGGAAUCGUUUGAAGGAGUCUGCGAUGCGGCGACAAGACAGCACGGUUGAUGCGCCCCAUGAGCUGGAGUCGCCGCCACCUUCAAGGCAGAUUAUCAAUGCUCGAACCAGAGUGCCUUCGUCUCCUGCCGCUGCAUCCAGAGAGGGAGAUCACAGUUCCCGAUAUGCUGCUUCGAAGUCGAGGAACAACGCACCUGCUCAGUUUCCAUCGCUUGAUGACUUCGCAGCGCAACGACCAGAAGAUCGCGCGGCUGCUAUGGACGAAUGGAUAAUCGCAAAUCUGGAGAAUCCAUCGUUCACCACGCUUUGCGAGGAUCUGGAGAACUGCUGGCGCAGAAUAGCGCUCGGUCUUUAA